GCGCGCUGCUCGGAGGCGGCCCCGCCGCGGGCGGGGGGCUCUUCGCUGGCGGAGCGGCGCUCGGCAGCGGAGGCGCGCCGUCCGGGGGCACCGAGGCGGCGGGCAGCGGCGGCGGAGGCGCGCCCCCGGCGGCGCAGGAGCCGGGCUCCGAGCGCGAGGCGCCCUCCGAGAGGGCGGGCGCCCGGCCCGCGCCCUUCUCGAAGUCGGGCGGCGCGCCGCCGCCCGAGCGCGCGGGCGCCUCCGAGCCGGCGCCGCUGCGGCUGACCAGCGGCGAGCACCAGGCCGCCAAGGGCCUCCUCCGCAGCUGGGACCAGCGCCUGGGCGCCCAGGUGAAGCGCUUCCAGGCCAGUGCGGAGGAGGCGCUGCAGGUGGACCGAGAGCUAUCGGAGCACAGCGCCCAGGCCCGCAGGCUCCGCGACAAGUACGAGACGAUGCUCGCCAGACAGAAGGCCGUGGACCACUCGCUGGACCUGAUCUGGGAGCAGCAGGACGCGCUCAGGGGCAUGAUCAAGGGGCUCAAGGGCUUCGCCUGCGCAGACGCGCCAGAUGGGAAGAGGAAGCAGGCGGAGCAGCGGACGCAGUCGGUGAAGAGCCAGCUCGACGAGAUCGAGAAGCAGGCGGACCUGCUCGCCAGGCAGACCGAGUGCUUCCAGGCCGCCGACUACUCCGCGCCGCUGCGGCGCGUUGGCCACGUGCUCGGCGCGCACUCCUCCGAGCUGGACGCCAUUGAGGAAUGGGGUUGUCGUCGAGAGGAAGCUGCGCAUGGCGGAGAGCUCGCGGUAGCUCGCUCGAGGCUCGGCGCGCGCGCGCCGGCGAGCUGCAGAGCCUCGGAACAAGUGCCUCGCUGCUGCUGCUGCUCUUCUUUUUGUUCAGCUCUUUUGGUGCAGCUCCUACAUAGAAGCACAUCGCUGCGGAGGCAACUGCAGCUCCUACUGCA